CUAAACCAGCGCUCUCAAGGGAAGAUGGAACUCCCCUUUUUUCACGCCUCACAUCAUUUAUGGAGGGUAAAAGACUUGGAACUGAGAAACUAGAAAGGGUAACAGAGACUGGGUUGUAGUGUGUCUUUGUACCAACUUCCGGCGUCCCCGGGGGCGGGGCCAGCGGUGGUGACGUUUUGCCCGCGGCUGACGCGGCCGUGAGCGCGGUUCCCCGGGCGACCGCAGUCAGCGACCCACCAUGGAGCGCCGAGUGGUCAAGCCACCGGGGCAGGAUAUGGUAGUGGAGCGGCUCAAAAGCCGCUACGGCCUAGCGGGAAGGUGCUCCGUGGAGGAAUCUGACAUGACUGGUGUGUGGGCAGUUCUGAUGAAUCAACAGCAUGCGCUUUCAAAUUUUGAUCAGACUAAAUAUAAAAGAAGAAUUCUGACUUCCCCAGAUGAUUUAGAUACUUACAGCUCUGGAGAUAAAGUUGGCUCAUCGCCGAGAUACUACUCUGAUGAAAGGAAGCAUCCCAUAACAUCUCUCUGCAGUUCCUUCAAACAUUUAAAUUCGAACUGCCUAGAUGAUGAACUGGAUUCUUUUCAUGAUUUAAAGAAAUGGGAAACAGAAAAAGAAUUAAUCGAAGAUGAUCAUAGAGAUUGUGGCUCCAAAAUAACAAAGCAUUCCUUCAAAGAAAUGGAAAAUGAUGCCCCACCAACUAACAUGGCCUCCUCAAGACUCCAGACUGAGUGUUGCAGUGGUUCCGUUGACACGCCUCCGAAGCACGCCGUUUACCCAAGGCCCAGAGGGUCAAAGAAACAGGGUUUGCUUCCACAUCAAAUAAAUCAAAUAUAUGAUGAAUUAUUUCAUAUACAUAUGAAACUGCAGAAUGAAACUGCAGCACAGCAGAAAUUCGCUGAAGAACUUCAAAAACGAGAACAGUUUUUAGCAGAACGAGAACAGCUGCUUUUCAGACAUGAAACUGCCUUGAGCAAAAUUAAAGAUGUUAAAGAAGAGGUUCUGACAAGAUUUCAAAUUUUAAAGGAGCAACACACUACAGAAAUUGAACACUUAACAGAAACUCUUAAGGAAAAGAAUAAAGAGAACAAGAGAAUGAGGUCCUCCUUUGAUACCCUGAGAGAGCUGAAUGAUAACUUAAGAAAACAGCUAAAUGAAGUAAGCGAGGAAAACAAGAAGAUGGAGAUUCAGGCUAAAAGGGUGCAAGCUCGUCUAGAUAACUUACAGAGGAAGUAUGAGUUUAUGACAGUACAGAGACUGAAAGGAGAUUCCCAUGCUGCUCACGAAGUGAAAAGUUCAAAACAAGAAAAAGUACCAGCUUCAAAACCUUUCAAGGCAGCACUCAAUGGACAAGUGUAUGAGCUGAUAGCUGUGUUCAUGGACUGGAUAUCAGACUGCCAUCUUAGCAAGGUGGAGCCUGAGGAACCUGGUGUAGACGGUGAAAAGCCACCAGCCAAGCCUUCCCAAAGAAGUGACAUUCAAGAGAAAUGUGUAAAGCUUUUGCCUAUGAUGACAGAGCAGCUCCAGUGGAUGCCAUUGGUGAACACCAAACUGCAUGAGCCUUUCGUACGGUUUAUCUACUGGUCUCUGAGGCAGCUGGACGCUGGCACGCAGCAUUCAACUAUGACGUCAACGUUGAGGAGAUUGGGGGAAGACAUAUUUAAAGGAGUUACAAUUAAAGGAACUCAGGAUAAUUCUUUAGAACAUUCUGUGGAGAACAAAGCAAAGACAGCAGCGUUCUUCAAGAGCUCCAGCUUGUCACUGAGAUUCAUAUCAACCUUAAUUGUCCUCAAAACAGUCACUCAAGCUGACUACCUGGCUCAAGCCUUUGACUCCCUUUGUUUGGACUUGAAGACAGAUGAAGGAAAAAUCUUAUUUUUGGAGUACCAAGCCGUUCCAGUAAUCCUGAGACACCUGAGAAUAUCCAGUAAAGGGCUCUUGUCCAACGUCAUCGACAGCCUGCUUCAGAUGACAGUAGAGUCAAAGUCCCUGCAGCCUUUCCUGGAAGCCUGUAGCAACUCUCUGUUUUUUCGUACUUGUUCUGUGCUGUUGCGAACCCCUAAACUUGAUCUUCACAUCCUAGAAAAGCUCAGCAUUAUCCUACAGAAGCUUUCCAAAAUCAAGAGUAACAAGAAGCUCUUUGAAGUUUUCACCAUUCACCUAAUGCUUCAGGAAAUACAAAGGACAACACAUCCAGAGCACGCCUUUCUCUGUAUUAACCUCAAUUCAACUCUGUUCAAUCUGGGUUUGACAAAAUGUAACUCCCUGGUCUCCAGUAUAGGCCAUUAGAGUGAGUGUGUGUGUGUGUGUGUGUGUGUGUGUGUGUGUGUGUGUGUGUGUGUGUGUGGUUUAUGUAUGUAUAUGUGUUCUUUAUUUGUAAAAGUGGAAAAAUCACCAAAGUACAAUUCCACAGAGUAAAAUUAUCAACAGCAUCAUUUAUCAUGAAAGAUACCUAGAAAGAUUUUUCAGCUUUGUAAAUGAGACCCAAAAGGUAUGGAUGUUUUAAAUGUUUCAGUUUAAGGUAAUACUAAUGUACAAGGUGGCUUUUUCAGAAUUCAAGGCAUCAGGGUCAGCAAGCAAGGCAACAGGGUUAUAUUUUAUAAAAAAAUAUAGGAAAAGUCUUUCUUGAAAUUAUGUGAAUAUUUGGAAUAUAAUUUGUCCUUAUGUGGAAAUAAACCGUUAUCAUUUUUCCCUUAAUAUAGUAGAAUCCCUUCUCUUGAUAACAUAUUUUCUUAAAGAUAGGGUUUUAUGUAGCACUGGGUGUCCUGGGACAGACUGGGUGUGUAAAUCACGCUGACCUGGGACUCCUAGCCUCCUACCUCUGCUCCCAAGUGCUGGAACUAACAUGUCUGCCACCACACCAUUUAAGUACUUACCUUGUAUUUGUUCAUUCUUUUUUUCUUUUACCUUUAUUUGCAUUGUGGUUGUUAGGCAGGUACUAUGCUAAGCUAUAACUCGAGCCCAAGAGUAUAUAUGGUUUAUACAACAUUGUUUUAUGACAUUGGAUGCAUACUUUAUGAAAUUGGGUUAAACUAGGAACAUGAUGUGUGUUCUCCAUUCUUGUUCAGUACAGUACUAGAAGUCUCAGCCAGGUCAUUAGGAUAAGCUAUAAGUAAAAAGAAUACAAAUAAGAAAAGAAGGCAAUAAAGUUUCCUAAUUUAUAGAGUCUAUGAUUUUAUGUAGAAGAGAACCUAAAGAUUCCAUCAGAAAACUCUUAGACUGAUAAACACUUUCAGCAAAGUGGCAGGAUACAAAAUCAGCACACAAAAGCCAUGGCUGUACUGAAUGCCAAUAACAUUCUGAGGAAGAAAUCAGGAAUAGAAUCUCACAAUUGUCAUGAAAAAUAUACACCUAACCAAGGAAAUGAAAGACUAUACUGAAGAAAAAAAAUGGAGGAAGGCACUAGAGAAUGGAAAGACCUCCUCAUGGAUUAGAACGUUCAUUGUUGUGAAGAUGACUGUCUUACUAGAGGCAAUCUACAGAUUCAAUGUAAUCCUCACCAAAAUUCCAAUGCCACUAAUUAUUGAAUCAUCAUUAUCAGUUAUCAUCAUCGUCAUCGUCUUAGAAUUCUCCUGGAAGCUAAAAGUCCUCAGUCUAAUCUGUCUGGGCGUAGAGCCUUUCCUCACCUCCUCUGUACGGCUCCCUGAGUUUUUCCCAGCAGUGUAGUUGUCCAUGUGGUGGACUCUGUCCCUGGUCCUCCACACGCUGGCCAGUGUGUGUUCCUGCAUUAACUGCCUCCUAUUGCAGUAAGAAGCAUCUCUGACAAGGUCUGAGUGUAGCCUUAUUUUCAAACGGCAGACUGGGAAUUGAGAAUAAUGAUGUGGUAUAAACUCUGUCCCCCAACAAUUAGCUUAAAACUGUGAUUAACUCAAAACCUUAAAAUUAAGUAAUGCUUAUUUAUAAAAGUAUCUGAAUCGGUGGGGCUGGAGAGAUGGCUCUGUGGUUAAGAGCACACUGGCUACUCUUCCAGAGGACUUGGGUUCAUUUCUCAGCACUUACAUGUGGUUCAUAGCAGUCUGUAACCGCAGUCCCAGGGCAUCCACUGCCCUCUUCUGGCCUCUCCAGGCACCAGGCAUGCGUGUGUGGUGCACAGGCAUACAUGCAGAGAAAACACUCAAACACAUAAGUGUUUUUUAAAAUCCGAAGAAUUUCCAAGUUAGUUGAAACCCAUUGCUGUAACUUUUCCUGUCUAAAAAUUGAAACAUUAACAGAAGCCUGCUGUUAGGGAAUCCAAAGCCUACUUAAAGAUUUGUUUUUCUUACCUAA